CUCCAGCUUUAAAGCGAGUCCUGGGGGUUACAGGAACCUUUAGCAGUUUGCAAAGCCCAGGCAUUGGGCAAUUGUGGUUUCCUCCGGAGAGGAAGAACUCAGGCUUGCCACCCCUGCCCUGGGCUUCUGAGCCUCAGCUGCUCUGGCAUGGAGAGCGUGGUACAGCCUUCAGUGUUUGUGGUAGACGGACAGACGGACAUCCCAUUCCGGCGGCUGGGACAGAACCACCGGAGACAGCACUGUGGCACUGUCCAGGUCAGCCUGGCCCUGCUGCUGCUGCUGCUGGGUGCUGGGCUGGCCACUCAGGGCUGGUUUCUCCUGAGAUUACAUCAGCGUCUUGGGGACAUAAUGGCCCAUCUGCCAGAUGGAGGCAAAGGCUCCUGGGAGAAACUGAUACAAGAUCAACGAUCUCACCAGCCCAACCCCGCAGCACAUCUUACAGGAGCCAACGCCAGCUUGAUUGGCAUGGGUAGACCUCUGUUAUGGGAGACACGACUUGGCCUGGCCUUUUUGCGGGGCCUGAUGUAUCACGAUGGGGCCCUGGUGACCAUGGAGGCCGGCUACUACUAUGUGUACUCCAAAGUGCAGCUGAGCGGCGUGGGCUGCCCCCAGGGGCUGGCCAACGGCCUCCCCAUCACCCAUGGGCUGUACAAGCGCACGUCCCGCUAUCCUAAGGAGUUAGAACUGCUGGUCAGCCGGCGGUCACCCUGCAGCCGGGCCAACAGCUCUCGAGUCUGGUGGGACAGCAGCUUCCUGGGCGGCGUGGUAUAUCUGGAGGCCGGGGAAGAGGUGGUGGUCCGCGUGCCUGGAAACAGCCUGGUCAGACCACGUGACGGCACCAGGUCCUAUUUCGGAGCUUUCAUGGUCUGAAGGCUGCAGUGACAAUAUAUUCUGUGGAGGGAACCUCUCCAGGACUCACUUCAAAUCCAGCAAUUGGGUUUGAAGCCCGCCCUCCUUAAGGAGCUCUGAACUCUGCUGGCGGAGUGCUCAUAAUGCUGUAGACUGCUGACCUGCUUUGGGCAAUCUUCAAAUCAGAGACCUGGAGACUUGGGGUGUGGAGCCCAGGAGUGUGGGGUCAGCCCAUUUGCCUGAUAUUCAGGAAGAAAGAAUAAAGCUGGGGUAUUUAUGCUUCUGA